GUGGAGUGCUCCGACAAGGGCACGUGCCUCCGCGACGAGGGCACCUGCGAGUGCGCGCAGGGCUUCGCGGGCAGCGCGUGCGAGUACCUCGCGUGCCCGUCGGACGUGCUCCGGCCCUGCAACGGCCACGGCGAGUGCAAGACCAUGGCCCAGCUCUUCGAGGCCGCGGGCCGCGCGCCCUACCGGAGCGACGUCAACGACCCCUACACCUGGGACGACGACAUGGUCCGCGGCUGCCACUGCGACGACGGCUGGGCGGGCUACGACUGCAGUCUGCGCACGUGCCUCGCCGGCGACGACCCCCUGACGGCCUACGUCGUCGACGUCAAGGAGUGCAGCGGCCGCGGGCUCUGCGACUACGAGAAGGGCACCUGCGACUGCUUCGACCAGUUCGGCGCGUCCGACGGGAGCGGCGGCAAGGGCCCCCGGGAGGACUGCGGCUACGUCCUGCCCAUCCUCCCGGGCGUCGCGUAA